ACGGGAAUGCUGUUCAGGAAAUUCUUCAGGCAUGGGCAGGGACUUGGCUGCAGUUCUACUGCUGGAAAAUCUGACAGGGGCAGCUUCUGAAAGCAGGGUAGGCCUCGUGCUGCUCUGAAAGAAACCCUGCAUCUUCUUCUCCCCACCCCUGCUCCUGCAUGCCCUGGACCUUUCAUCUGGCUUCUGAAGAGAAAAAGAUGUCUCAGGAACAGUACGCACACAGGAACACCAUGCAGAGCUCAGAAGGACAUGUCUACAAAGUAGGGAUUUAUGGCUGGCGGAAGAGGUGCCUGUAUUUCUUUGUGCUACUCCUAAUGAUUUUAAUUCUGGUGAACCUUGCCAUGACCAUCUGGAUUCUCAAGGUUAUGAACUUCACAAUUGAUGGAAUGGGAAACCUGAGGAUCACAGAAAAAGGUUUAAAACUAGAAGGAGAUUCAGAAUUCUUGAAACCUCUCUACGCCAAAGAAAUCCGAUCCACGACAGGCAACCCUCUGUACUUCCAAUCUGCACGGAAUGUUACAGUGAACAUUCUCAAUGAGAAGAGUAAAGUUCUUACACGUCUUGUAACAGGUCCCAAAGCAGUGGAAGCUCACAGCCAAAAAUUUGAAGUGCAAACUACUAUGGGGAAACUGUUGUUUUCUGCAGAUGACAAUGAAGUGGUGGUUGGAGCAGAGAGGCUAAGAGUUUUAGGAGCAGAAGGUACAGUGUUCCCUAAAUCCAUAGAAACUUCCACUAUCAGGGCAGACCCCUUCAAGGAAUUAAGGCUGGAGUCACCCACACGCUCUUUGAUAAUGGAGGCUCCCAAGGGAGUUCACAUAAAUGCUGAGGCUGGCAACUUCGAAGCCACAUGUAGGACAGAGCUCAAGCUGGAAUCCAAAGAUGGAGAGAUAAUGUUGGAUGCUGCAAAUAUCAAACUACCUAGACUGCCUCAGGGAUCCUAUUCCCCUACUGGAUCCAGGCAAAAAAUCUACGAGCUGUGUGUAUGUCCCAAUGGGAGGUUAUUCCUGUCUCAGGCAGGAUCUAGUUCCACCUGCCAGAUAAACUCAAGUGUUUGCCUUUGAGAAAGACUGUUUGCAUCAGGCAUAGCCGGCAGCACAACGGCCUUUUCUGGCCUUCAAGAUAAGACGAGCUGCCAACUAUUUUUACUAGAACACAGAAAGCCUAUCAAAGACUGUUUUUGUGUGUGCGCGCGUGUGUGAAUAUAUAAAUAUAUAUAUAGAUAUAUACAGAUAUAAAUAUAUAUAUAUAUAUCCUUUGUGUAAAAUGAAGUUUCAGUACAAGAAGUCCCAGGGUGACCCUCUUUGUGUAACAUUCAUUGUUCUCAUAUACCACUUUUUAUAAACCAUGUUCAAAUUGGAUCUAGAUCUUUCCAGGAAUUCUCAAACUAUGUCAUAGCAAGCCUCCAAAAGUAAAGUCAAUGCUUUAGAGCCUCUCUGAAUUUAGCUAAAAGCCACCUCACAUAUUACAUUGUACUUACAGACAUAGGGAGAAACCAAGUAAUAGGACAAGAUUGUACGCAUGCACAUUUUCCCACAUGUACAUGCAUCAACAACUCUCUGACAAUUUUGCCUUCCAAAUGUGUAUGCUCAGCAAACUAGACACGUAUACUAUCUUCACAUAUAACGGUGUAUUAUACAAGGCAGCUCAACUUUUAACCUUCAUUGUCAUAGAGAUGAUAGAGAAAUCAAAGGCAAGGAAGAUAUUUGGGUACAUGGACAGUAAUCAAGUGGGUGGAACUGUUGAGAAACAAAAAGCCAAUGAAAAUGAGUUGCCCUGUAGAUGAUUAGCCUUGUCAGUUAAUUCAGUGGCACCCCAUCACCUAGCUUAUUGUCUGAGAAAUAUUCAAAUGGCAAAAUACUAGUUUGCUUAGCUGCUGCCUCUUCCUACUAAGGAUGGCUCAUUUUGCAUAUUGAGAACUAAAGUUGUAGUUUAUACAAAUGAGACUCACUUGUUAUUUACCAUUUUCUCAACCAACUGAUUAAUGACAGCAUGAUGAUGAGACAAGCAUCUCUGAUUAUUAUUGUAUCAUGAAGAUCCAUCACAUUAGAAGAUAAAUUUGUCUUUUUAAAAUGCUUAAGAUUCUCCAAAGCAUGUGUCCCAAGAGCAAAACUGUGAAAUAAUAUUCAUAACCCUGUGUCUGAUUCUAAGAGGUGUCUUAUUAUAUAUGGCCUUUCACUGACAUCAAGAUUGUGUUAUGUCAAUGAAAGAUGACUGACAGCUGUGAAUUGUUUCUUGAUGAGUUACAAAGUCCAACUAAAAAAUCUUCCAAAAGUUCUAAAAUAGGCCAGGACCAAGUGGAUAAAGAUCUGAGGAUUAGUAUCCUACAAGCAUCAGGGUUAUAUAUGCUUUGCUGAAAUUUACUUUAGGGUCCCUGUCUCUGUUGUGUACACCCGUGUUAGGUUAAAAGCAAGAUUGGGGUCCAGUAGACUCACUACAGUGCUACUUGACCCUAAGGUUACAAAUAGCGCAUGAUGCAUCUCCAAGAUGUGUCUGGAGGGAAAGGAAAUUGAUCUCUCAUUUCAGCAAGAGGAAGAGAAAUUGCACCCAUAAAAAAUAAUAAUGCAGUGAGAAAGAAUCUUAACUGACAUAACAUUUAAUCUCUUAUGUUGACUAUGCAAGUCGUGCUGUCCUCAGUAUAAUAACUGUAGAUAAGAGGAGACCCCAUGCAGUCUGUGCAAAUAGAAUAAAGUAGAAUUAAUAUUCGACUAUAUUCUAAAAGAGGAACAAUCUAAUGUCAGUCUGCAGAAGACCAUGUUCUUCAUUGAAAGGCAAGGUAUCUGAUGUACAUUCCAAACUUUGGAUGUUCACAGCCAACAAGUGUUUGGUUCACCCUUUGCUGUUAACAUUACAGGUAGUUUUCUGUUUCUAAAAAUGCAUAAGGAUGUGUCAAUUAAUGAAGAACAUGUCAGAAGGAAAUUGGUAUAGAACAGAUUAUCAAUUUAAAGAGCUUUAGUUUAGCUGUCUUAAUGGCCCAUUUGAGCUAAAGAGGCAGGAUAUACAUUUGAAAAUAAAAAUUAAAUAUGUUGACCAUCUAGAUUUUUACAUGAAGAGCAACAGAAGGUUAAUUUCACAUAUUUUAGAUACUGCAAAUAUCAGAGAUGCUUAGUAUGAAGCAGAUUUUUUCAAUGGUUUGUACUGAUUAGUCCACUCAUUGAAAAUUGAUGCAUAAACUGUUCUUUACAGGAAUUCCAGAGAGGUAGCCAUUUACAGUAUCAGAAUCAAAAUCAACAGAGAGUCCUGUUAAAUACUUAAAUACUAACCAGUCUGUUCUGGCAUGAGAGCUUAUGCCACAAUAAAUUUGUUAGUCUUGGAGAUGCUUUAGAAAUCUUUUGAUUUUCUUCCAAGAGUUAAAAAACUGUUAACAACAUCAAAGAUCUGAUACAUCAUGAGAAUAACACAAUUUAUGAAACAGGUUCCAUACAUGAUUCCCAUACAUUUCUAUACAUGCCUACAAUCCAAUGGAUAAAUGAAAAUAGAUUUAGUGCACUCACAGCAUCCUCAAAAUGCUGAGAUAAAAUGGUAUGUAUUCUUUUUUCAAGCCAUUUUCUUGAAUUUCUUUAUGGGCACAAACACUUGGGCAUGAAGAACUUGAUAGCAAGCCUGUUGAAGUCAAUUGGAAGGCACUCCCAUGGUGUUUGGAUUAAGCCAUUUCCAGAAACAUUAUAGUUAGGUGAUUCAAGUUGAUGAUAAAGCAGGCUUGAAAACACCAGUGAAGUGCACUCUUGAUGGACAGCAAAACGAGUAGCUCCUCAUUACAUUUAGUGACAUUGUUCAGACUUGCUAACUGAAAGGCUCUUGUCAUUAUCAUUUCUUGAACAGACACUUCAAUGCAAAGGGGUCACCCAGGAUAACAAUUGUAUUGGGACACAGGAUUAUAUGCCAUCUCUGUUCAAAGAGGGAGACGUGCCUAUGCCUUAAGUCAAUGCACUCAGCAAGGAGAAGCACAUCAUAUUUAUCUUAUUCUUAACACUAGUUUCUUUGAAACAUUGGCAGGAAGGUUGGAGAGGAUAAUAGAGUUUAAAAGAUGUUUAAGAGAUUAAUGGGAGCUUGUUAAGCAACAUAAAGUGGAAUCACUAGAUCUUCACAUAGCCUAUGGGACUUCUGGAGCAAGUGCAGAUUUCUGUCAUGUUUUAAUAUAGGAGGAACCCAAGUAUGGAACAUCAGAGUUCAUCCUGGGGGGUCCAGCUUUAAUUCUUCAGAGGCGUUUGUGUACUAUGGUAUUUGUUUUCUUUUUCCAUUUCAUAUCGAACAGUAUUUUCUCAUCCCAAAUAAGGGCCAUUCCCUUAAAAAAUGCCUGCCAGGGUGUUUGACAUGAUUACUGAGUUCAAUAAUGCAAAAAUAUACAUAUUGCCAUGCAACAGAGUUGUCUGAUCUUCUCUUCCCCAUUAAUUUUAGUAGUAAUAAUGAAAAAGGACCAUGAAACAAAAGUUUCAUUGAGAUGAACAGUGUGCUCAUGGUUUUUUUAAACGAAGAGCUUAUUUUAACAAUAGUUCUGUCUUUAUCUAGAUGGUGAAUGGUGAACUUGUUAAGUUUCUGUUUUGAGGUAACCUUACAGACUUUUGCAUCCAGCUGCCAAUUUUUAACACACUUGCCUCUCUCACUAAAGAGAUUGGUACCCAUUUUCUCCUUUGCCAGACUCACCUUUGUUUUUAACAUUAAAAGAAGCAUUUUUUGUAAGAGCCUGCAUAGGCAUGUUUUCUAACCUGUAAAAAUGUGUAUAUUGCAAAUACACCCCUUUACCCCAUUGUUCUCCCCACACACACACUUCCCCCUUACAAAACACAAGAAUGAAAAUUAUAGAUUGCUUAAAUCAUCAGAGUAGGAAACCUAGGGUUAUGUUGGUCUCUGAAUGUUAUUCUGUGUGUGAAUACCCACAUGUCGAAGAAGCAAUAGUUUGUGGGGAAAAGCCACUCCUUUCAGUACUGAGUUCCAUAGAUGUGAUCUAAUGAUGGUAUGGACUUGACAUCCCAUAAGGCACUUUCAUCGGUUCAUAUUUUCAUGGGGAACAUUACUUAAAGAAUAUUUAGAGCCUAUGAAAAAUUGUUCAUGUGCAUUAUAUUGGAAAGGUCACAUGCAAAUAAUUGUUUUUCACUCUUCCUCAUACUGCAUUCUUAACAGAUUGGUAGUGGUAAAAAUUCUGUACCAUCUUUAAAGAGAUAGGGUUCACUAAACAAAGAUAACAAACAACUGUUUUAUUACAAAUAUCCACUAUUAAAAUGUUUAUAAAACUCACAGGUCUUAUUUGUAAGUAUUUGUUAAACUUUUCUAAAAGAUACCUACUUCUUUAAUUUGCAUAUAUCAGCAUGUCAGAUUUUAUAAGUAUUUUCCCAUUGAAAAGUGGGCGCAGAUGUGAGGAUACUGGCUAUGACAACACAUUUGUUACCUUUACAGAUAUUGUAAUAUAUUCUGCUAAUUAAGAUCUGUACAUUUUAUGAAUAGUUUUAGCAAUUGGAUAUUUAUAGUAAGCAGUUAUUUGUUAUUCUGAUAUGAUAUUGGCUUCUGUCCAUGCUCUCUCCAUGUUACUUCCAGUCUUAAACUGUGUUGUGCAGCUUUCUGUAAGAAACAAUUUCAUGAAAAAUACUACUUAAAAAGACAGCUCUUAUGUUGUCACUUGCUAGAAGUGUCAGACUGGUUACUUUAAAUCUUGAACAUAUUUGUUUUGUGAAAUGGGAAUAUACUGUUUUUACAUUUACUGAACAUGGAACUCUGGAAGCUC